CAUCCGCAGUGCUGCGAAUUUCGGAGCCCGGUUAUACUAGGAGCCAAGCCAAAUUCUUCAAAUUAAACCUGUCAUUGUAUUCAAAUUAAACCUGUUAUUAUCAAUCGAAAUCGGGAAAAAAUAGCGGAGGGAAUUCCACUACUACCGAGAAACGAAAAGCUUCCCGUGGUGGCCACUCCACUGGCCACCAUCAUCAACAUACCGAAAAGUCACAAAAACAAACAAAGAAAAAUUCGUCAGCGCAAUACUAAACAGCAGUGCCAAUUCAAAGCAUGUAAACGAGUAUUAUUAUAUUAUACACUCAUUUUCUUUCCCUCUUUAUGAUAAUCCAUUUCUUCCACCUUCUUUCUACGGUGAUCCACAAUUUUUCAACUACCCAUCUAAACCAAAGCCAAAACCAAAAUCAAAACCUAAACCAAAGCUGCUUCUUAUAUAAAACCCCAUUCUCUCACAUCAAAACAUAACCUAAAAUUGUGUGCUCUCUUUUGUUGUUUGUUUGAAUUUGCAAUUUUGCCUCAAACACCAUGGCCGAGAAACAGCUCAUCGUCGUCGUUGAAAGCACCGCCGCGAUGGGCCCCUACUGGGACACGCUUCAAAUGGAUUAUAUCGAAAAGAUCGUCAGGUGUCUUUGUGGGAACGAGUCAUCAGGGCAGAAGCCUUCUGUUUCCAAUGUUGAGUUUGCCCUAGUCACUUAUAAUACUCAUGGGUGUUAUUCUGGUAUCCUCGUGCAACGUACUGGUUGGACAAAAGACCCAGAUGUUUUCUUACAGUGGCUAUCAUCUGUACCCUUUAGUGGUGGUGGUUUUAAUGACGUAGCAAUUGCUGAAGGGCUCGCUGAAGCUCUGAUGAUGUUCCCCCAUUCUCAAAGUGGAGGACCAAAUCAGCAGAGUGCGGAUAUGCACAUGCAUUGUAUCCUGGUGGCAGCCAGUAAUCCUUACCCAUUGCAGACGCCAGUUUAUGUUCCGCAACUGCAGAGCCUAGAGCAGAGUGAGUCAGUGGACUCAGAACCAGGGAAACAGCUAUAUGAUGCUGAAGCUGUUGCUAAAGUGUUUCCGCAGUUUUCUAUUUCUCUAUCGAUCAUCUGCCCAAAACAACUUCCCAAAGUUAAAGCCGUCUACAAUGCGGGAAAAAGAAAUAAUCGGGCUGCUGAUCCACCAGUUGAUGCCAAAACCAGUCAUUUCCUUAUUUUAAUAUCAGAAGGUUUCAGGGAAGCCCGUGGUGCCUUGAGUCGUUCUGGGAUAACAAACUUGCCUUCAAAUCAAAGUCCUGUAAAAGUAGACACCGUUUCUGUCACACCAGUUACGGGGGGUCCCCCAACUUCAUUGCCAUCAGUGAAUGGAACUAUUGCAAACCGUCAACCAAUACCUGCUGGGAAUGUGACUCCGGCUACUGUAAAAGUGGAGCAAGUUCCUGUAACUUCAAUGAUAACUGGACCGGCUUUUCCUCAUAAUUCCUCAGCUGCACGUGCUACCAGUACUGGUCAAGGAAAUCCAAGCUUGCAGGCAUCUUCUCCAUCUUCUGUUUCACAAGAUAUUAUGACAAGUAAUGAAAAUGCACAGGAUACAAAGCCUAUCGUGUCAAUGUUGCAGCCAUUACGUCCUGUGAAUCCGGCUCAAGUGAAUGGGAACAUUUUGAAUAAUCUCUCUCAAGCACGACAGGUAAUGAACUCUGCUGCUCUAAGUGGCGGAACUUCUAUGGGACUUCCUUCAAUGGGUCAGACUCCAGUUGCCAUGCACAUGUCAAAUAUGAUAUCUAGUGCGACGACAUCUUCUGGACCUACUGGUCAAAAUGUAUUUUCAUCUGGACCGCCAGUAAUAACAUCAAUAACUAGUUCUGGAUCUCUUACUGCCCCUGCACAGGUUGCACAAAACACAGGUCUUGCUUCAUUAACGUCAGCCACUUCUAAUUUAUCUUCAAGUUCAAACACUGGGAUUUCACAAUCAUUAGCUAAUCUUCAAGGAGCUGUUAGUAUGGGACAACAGGCUUCUGGUAUGAAUCCAGGAAAUCUUUCAGGGGCCCAGAUGGUGCAAGGCGGAGUUAACAUGAACCAAAAUGUAAUGAAUGGCCUAGGUCAAUCAGUUGUCUCAUCCGGAAAUGGUGCAAUGAUUCCUACUCCAGGAAUGCCUCAACAAGUACAAUCAGGCAUGCAGCCACUCGUGAAUAAUGCAGCUUCUGCUAAUUUGCCUUUGUCACAACAGACAUCUGCACAAUCCAAAUAUAUAAGGGUCUGGGAGGGAAGCUUAUCAGGGCAAAGACAAGGACAGCCAGUAUUUAUCACCAAACUCGAAGGUUACAGGAGUUCUUCUGCCUCUGAGACGCUUGCAGCAAACUGGCCCCCCGUAAUGCAGAUAGUUAGGCUUAUAUCUCAGGAUCACAUGAAUAACAAGCAAUAUGUAGGAAAGGCAGAUUUCCUAGUUUUUCGGGCAAUGAACCCACAUGGAUUUCUCGGUCAGCUGCAGGAAAAGAAGCUGUGUGCAGUUAUUCAAUUGCCAUCACAGACGCUGCUACUAUCUGUUUCUGACAAAGCCUGCCGCUUGAUCGGGAUGCUUUUUCCUGGGGAUAUGGUUGUAUUUAAGCCACAAUUAUCCAGUCAGCAGCAACAAAUGCAACAACAACACCAGCAGAUGCAAUCCCAACAGCAGCAUCUUCCACAAUUGCAGCAGCAACAGCAGCUUCCUCACAUGCCGCAACAGCUACAACAACAGCAACAACAACUUCCACAGCUGCAACAACAGCAGCAGCAGCAGCUUUCUCAGCUUCAACAGCAGCAACUCCCUCAACUUCAACAACAACAGCUCUCACAACUGCAGUCACAGCAACAACAGCUUCCACAAUUACAGCAACUGCAGCAGCAACAGAUGGUUGGUGCUGGAAUGGGUCAAACCUAUGUUCAAGGCCCUGGACGCUCACAAAUGGUUUCUCAGGGACAAGUUUCAUCACAAGGAGCUACAAACAUUGGUGGAGGGAAUUUCAUGAGUUAGCUCAUUCUCUGAUAGUUUCCCAAAGAUUGACACAACACAGGCCGUGCUUUGGGGAUUGUAUCAAUUUUAUUUAUUCCGGCAUAUCAGUGUGAAAAUGAAACUUAUCUUCUUAGGUUACUUGCAUCCUAUCACAAGUACUUAGCGCAUAAUUUAUAGCAGACAGUCAUUUGCUUGGGUCAAAUAAUAGCUGUAGUAUGGUCAUGUCAUUUCUUUAGGCAUUGAACUAUUAAAAACUGAUAGGCUGUAUAUAUUGGGAGCAUGCUAGUAAAGUUAUUGGGUGUAUGAUUGGUACAAAGUCGUGAAUAUGUUAACCUUAUAUCAGAGUAGUGCCGGUUGCACAAUGUUAACCGAGGAACAAAUUUUUUAUGCCUUUCCCAUAAAGGGGUUAGACGAUGAAAUUCAUAUUGGUUUUGUCUAAA